GCAAUUUUUCCUAUAUUUUAAAAUUAUUUUAUUUAAUUAUUAUUUUUUAUAUGUUUAUUAACUUCUUAGAAUUUGUUUGGCAGGUUGACCUUAGGGUUGUGUCCUCCUAACUUGGUCAAGUACAAGAUGGACCAUACAGGGUCCUUCAUUUCCUUUAUAGCUUGUAAUCUGCAACAUGGCAUGAGCAAUGGGUACAUGGUACGUCUACUAUUUUUUUGGAACUUCAAAUUGAUUUCUGCCAUGGUGAGUUUAAGUCAUUCUCAGAGGUAGUUGUGCAUACACAGUGGGUGAUAUAAGUUAUGGCUUGGUGGGGACAUUUUGUGCAUUAUUAUCAUUUAGAGUUGGGUUUCUCUUUAACUUCAUAAUUUUAAUGUUAAAGCACAUAGUGGCGCUAAACUACAAUAUGCUCAUCCAAUACAGUUGCACCCUCCGGUAGAUAAUUUAAUGAUACUAUAUGCUAGAAUGUGGAUCUCACAUGUGCUUCCUUCCUGAUCUAUAUAAAUACAUCUGUGCAUGUAAAUUCUUAAGUGACAUAGUUCAUUCAGCUAAGAUUAGUGUGUUUUCUAACAUACUGCUUUUCAUCCUUUUUUCCCCCUUCUUUUCUCUAAUUAUCAAUUUAGUUGACUUUGGGAAUUCUAAAUAUAUGCAAGUAAACUGAGUCAUGCCCUUAUGUUAGGAAUUCAUGUGCAGGAACUUAACCUAAUUAUUCAAAAUGCCAAGAACCCACAAAUGCUAGCCACUCUAUUUAGCUAAACACUCCAUCACCAUUGUUAUCUACUCCCUCUUAGUUUCAGAAGCAUUUUGAAGUGAAAAUGCAUACAGGUAGCUCAGGUCUCCCUGAAAGGUUGAUCAAGAUCAAGCAGGGUGACAAGUUCCCGAAUAGGCCUCCGUCUAGGGAGAACGCCAUGACCAACCCCUCUUUAGAAGUCUACUAUGGAGGAGUAUCUGUUGCUAUUCCAUUCCAGUGGGAAUCUCAACCAGGGACGCCUAAAGUCAAGUUCCAUGAUGUCCCCCUUCCUCCUCUCACACCUCCACCUUCUUUCCAUUUCAGUCCUGGGAACAAACCCAUAAGUAAGCACUCAAAGUCCAACCUUUUACGUGAUGUUCUUCCUAAGCUCGUUCUGAGGAAAAACUUUCUCCCUCAGUAUCCUGCUUCGUCAUCUUCAUCACCAUGGCCAUCAUCACAUUCAGUGCCAUGUUCUCCAUGUGCUCCAAAUUUACAGAGACAAUUCGCAUUGUCGAGAUCUUCUACUGAUUCUAGGAUCGAUGAGCAAGAUGAACAUGGAUCGCCUGCUUCGACUUUCUGUUUUGGUAUCGGUCGUGGUGCAAGUGCUAAAUCGCAUGGCUGCUCUUCAAGCAUAAUCAAAGUAUUACUCAGAGAUAUCACUGCAUGAAGCAUUGUUAUUUUUAGAAUUUCUGGAGGCUCCUGAUUGUAGUUUAAGGUGCAAUAUAUAUGCUUUGUUAAAGAUCGUGUGAUCAUGAUAUGAUAAAGAGAUGCGUGAUGGUAGUUAUUGUUAAUGUUGUAAGAAACAAUGUUGUUCAUAAGAUGAUUAGUUUGAUGCUCCAAUGGAUGCUAUCAUCAUUUCUUUCUUGUGCAUGAAAAGAGGUUACUUAUUAGGGCACUCUUUUUUCUUCUUUUUUUCUUUUUUCUUUUCGGGUUCUUGGGUUGGUCAAUGGUGGGUUGUUGGGUUUUAACUUUUAACAAGUAAAAAUAGUUUUGACCUCUAACUCCUCUUCUGGUUGAUCAUGGGAGAUUUAAAAUUCUACACCGUCUAAAAGAAUGCGUUGGAAGUUUUUUUUAA